AUGGCUGGACCUCUGAAUUUCCUUCUGAUUGCCAGUCUGCUGCAAGGUGCCCUGCGUGGAGAGUUGAAGGUCGUCUUUCCAAAUCAAAUAGAUGUUCAAUUUGCUCCUCAGAUCCUGUCCUCAUCUGACUGCAUCAAAGCUGCAGACCAGCUCAACUGUUCCUGCAGGACUGUGGGAAAUCCUUCUCCCACUUUACUCUGGUAUUUGGAUGGGUCACCUGUCAAUCACUCCGACAAGUUUGUAAUAAGCAAUGAGCCUCUAAAUGACACAGGUCUGUGGAGCAUCAUCACUGUGAAUGGACCACAGGAGAGGGAUCUUUCCACCUUGCUCUGCCGCAGCUCCAACUCUCUGGGAUCUGCUACUCAAAGAUUUUGUGUCAACAGCCUUGAGCCUCAGACAUCUGCUCAAAGUCAAGACCGAGUGAUGUUGCCAGUUUUCAUCGGCAUCGUUGUCGCUCUACUUGUACUAGUAUGUGUUCUGCUGUUUGUUAACAGGGCUCAGAAGACUCACCAUAAACGGCUGACGAGUCAGUGCACCGGUGACACCGGCCCAGUUACUAUGAGCCAUAUUCUAGCAAGUGGAGAAGGAAAUGAGGUCAAACUAAACACAGCAGAAGAGGACAUUUAUGUCAACAACGAUGCACUGACUUGCGCAGAUGUCGCCCACCCUGCAACUAUCUCCGGGCCGAACAGCACCACCUUGCCCAGCUCUGGACCAAACAACGCAGAAGGAGCCCGCAAAAGCUCAGAGAAGGCGAACGACGAAGGCAAAGACGUGAUCUACUCUACUGUGAACUGUAGGCCCAAGAGAAAGAAGAAGAAGGCAGAAGACUCGGUGGACGUGCAUCAGCCUGGUAGCUCCUAUCUGCAGGAGGAGAUAUGCAUGGAGGGAGGCACGCUCAGAGGGUUUGUGAGCAACGCACUGGAGAUGGGAGGUCUGUACGACAACAUGGAGCCCAGAGAUGUGCAGAAAGAGGUGGAAAGUGAAUAUGCUCAGGUUAAAUUUAAAGACAAGCGUGCUAUGCAUAAAUAGAUCACAGAUCUAUAUUGCUGUGUCAAGUUUUGAAAAAUAUUUCUUAUGUCUUCCUCUCUUAAAUGUAUGUUUUCUUGUUCGUCAGCUAUGAUAUGGACAUUUUGAUUAUGGUAUUAUGUUCCUUUGUUUUUAAGUUUAUGGAGUUUUUAAGAUCUUGACAGACUUUUUGUCACUGAAGAUAUUUUGAUCGCAUUAAAGUGCAUAAUAACAAUGAUAAUAUUGAUGAUGAACAGUUUUUACUUAAUGCUUGAUCAUAUAAAAUGCUGUAUAUUCACCUUUAUUUUCCACUCAUAUAAUGAUGUUGCCAUGUGUAAAUUGAAGGAGAAGCUCUGCUGUUUCACAUUUAUUUAGCAGUGUGCCAUGUUUUGUGUAAUUGUAUUAUUGUUAACAUUUCUUUUUUUGUUCAAACUGAAGUGUUUGUAGCUAUUUGAGCACAAAGAAAGUGCAAUCGUGAAUAUGUAUUUUUGUUUUGUUUUUGCAAAAGUAACAGUCUACAUUCUUCUUUAGGACCAUGUCAUGUAUGUAAGCCGAACGUUUCCAUCGAUCUUCAAUUUUGUAUUAAACACACAUUUUAAAGCUU